AUGCUUCCGAGCGCCCUCGCUUGGCACUGCGGAAGCUCCGCCGCUCUGCUCGGCUUGCCCGGGGCUCCGGGUUUUGGCAAUCUGGGCAAAAGUUUCCUGAUUGAGAACCUGCUGAGAGCCGGCGAAGGCCCGCCACGCCUUCCCCAGCGCCUGCCCGCCACCCCAAUCCCGCUCAAGUUGCGGGAACCAAUGCGCGUCGCCGGAGAAGGCGCCUUCCCCGGCCGCGCCUGGCCUUUCCAAGCGCUGAAUGCUUCGGCGGCGGACGGCGGGGCUCCGGCGGACAGAGGAGGCGCGUUCCCCGCAGCAGCCCCAGCUCUCCCAAAGCACUUUUUCUUAAGUGCCUCCCCAGUCUACUUGGCAUGCUGCGGUGGGUCCUGUCAACACCCUGCAUCCCCCAUGGCUUUUCCAAGACAGGAGAGUGCUUUGCCUCUUCUAACCCAUGACCCUAGAUCCCGGAGAGGAAUCUUAAGAAGGGCUGUCUUUUCAGAAGAGCAACGAAAAUCUUUGGAGAAAAUGUUUCAGAAACAGAAAUAUAUCAGCAAAACAGACAGAAAGAAACUGGCCCUCAAUCUGGGUCUGAAGGAGUCACAGGUCAAGAUCUGGUUUCAAAAUCGAAGGAUGAAAUGGAGAAACUCCAAAGAAAAAGAAGUACUCUCAAAUCGGUGUCUGCCAGAGGAAGGUCUUCAAGAGACAUAUGUUUCCAGGUGUUUAAAUUUUUCCUCCUCACCAUGUCCGGUCUGGGAAAUGUCUCAGCAACAAUCAAGUUCAAGAUGGCAGAAUUUUCCAGAAUGUGCUGGGAGACUGAGUAACAGAAUUAGUCUGCGGCCACCCAUAAAACCAAACUUGUCUUCCAACAGAUCGUAUUUGUAUCGAGAACAAAGCACCACAGAGAAGGCAAUUCCAUCAUAAGAAGGAAAAGUGACAGAGUAAAAAUGAUGCAGACCA